CUCAGAGAUUGGCCAGCACCUGGUUCAGUUCUCAAGGCUGUGAUCAGCCUCCUGCCAUGCCCACCAGACAGAGGCAGCUGAAGCCAAGGUCCCAGCCAGACUGAAGAUGAAAAAGGAGGCAGGAGGAGAACCAAGCUCAAGAGACAGCAAAUCCACCAGCGAGGAGCAAGCCAGAGCCAUGUCCCUGGCUGGGGUGAGCUGCCUGGUGACAGGGGCAGGAGGGUUUCUUGGCCAGAGGAUUGUGUGCUUGCUGCUGGAAGAAGAGGAGGCUCUGGCUGAGGUGCGGCUGCUGGACAAAGCCUUCAGCGCCGAGGCGCUCUCCAGGUUUGACAAGUUCAAGGGGAAGACUGAGGUGAAAAUCCUGGAGGGGGACAUCCGAGAUGUGACAUUCCUGCACCGUGCCUGCCAGGGGGUCUCCCUCGUCAUCCACACGGCUUCCCUCAUUGACACCCUGGGCCUCAUCGACAAGAAGCUGCUCUGGGAAGUCAAUGUGACAGGCACUCAGCUGCUGCUGGAGGCGUGCGUCCGCUGCAACAUCCAGCACUUCAUUUACACCAGCACCAUAGAAGUGACGGGCCCAAACUGCAGAGGGGACCCCAUCUUCAAUGGGGACGAAGACACAGCUUAUGAGAGCACAUCCAAAUUUCCUUAUGCCCAAAGCAAGAGACUGGCAGAGGAGUCUGUGCUGAAAGCAGACGGCCAGGUGCUGAAGGAUGGUGGCACUCUGAUGACCUGUGCCCUGAGAUCCAUGUACAUUUUUGGGGAAGGCUGCCCCUUUCUCCAGGGCCAUCUGGAUAAGUGCCUGCUGAACAAGAACAUCUACCUGCGCUUCUCCAGGAAGGAGGCUCUGGUGAACCCCGUGUACGUGGGCAACAUCGCCUGGGCUCACCUGCAGGCGGCCAAAGCCCUGCGUGCCCCCCAGAGAGCCAAGCACGUCAGGGGCAGGUUCUACUACAUCUCAGAUGACACCCCUCACAUGAGCUACGCUGACCUGAAUUACGAGCUGACCAAGGAGCUGGGGUUCGGCAUCGAGCCCCGGCUGCCCAUGCCCCUGCCUGUGCUCUAUUACUUCUCGCUGCUGCUGGAGGUGCUCAGCUUCCUGCUGCGCCCCUUCGUCCGAUACGUGCCCUCCACCAACCGCCACCUGGUCACGCUGCUCAACACCCCCUUCACCUUCUCCUACAGAAAGGCUCAGCAGGAUUUUGGCUACGUGCCCCGCUACACGUGGGAAGAGGCCAAGCAGGGCACUGGAGAGUGGAUCGCCUCGGUGAUCCCCCAGAGAAGGCUGUGCUUGCAAAGCAGCACUGCCUGAGCCUGGAGAGGAGCUGAAACCCAGCUAAGCAAGUAGGGCCUUGAGCCACAGGAGAGCUGGGGGAGCAGCAGCAAACUACAAAGCAUUUAAAUGAAUCCUUUGUGUAAGAGCCCACUGAAACCCCUCACCCCCGACCUCAGAAUAAAUAAAAGUGAAAUGUACCUUUG